GCCUGCCAAGACCAGUGACCAUCUCAUGAAAGUAUUUGGUUACACCGAGAUAUAGCAUCAAGCACGACAUUGCUUUCAAGAAACGAGGCCAAAGCAGCACUUACUCAUGACUCGGUAGCAUCGGAUCACACACCAUGGACGAGGAGGAUGCUCGCGAGGUCGAGCUUUCCACCAUCACCGCCAUAUACCCUGAGGAACUGAAAGCCGAUGACCAGGAUCCUUAUUCUUUCACGAUAGAGCUUCCUGUCAGUCUGACCAAUCCUCUUGUGGUCAGGUUUCCUGCUGCUACUGAACCAUCGCUGCCUGUCUCGGGUCAAGAUGGUACCGUCAUUCCAAUCGGGACCCAAGUUGACUCGCAGGAGCUAUCAAAUCUACCAUCAUUGCAGAUUCAUAUAACUCUGCCCAAUGGCUAUCCACAGAACAAGCCUCCACAUGUCAAAAUAUCGACUUCGCCACCAUGGCUGCCUAGCACGAUAGUCGAGAAGCUUGAGUGUAAGGCUGAGAUUUUAUGGGAGGACAUGGGCCGCGACCAGGUCAUAUUCACUUAUGUGGACGAUGUUCAACAAUCAGUAGACAACGUUUUUGGCUUGGUCGGCAAGGAUAAUAUCCUAGAUGUCGGCCCAGAGCAUAAGAUCGCCAUACUGGAUUACGACUUGGAGGCGAAGACCAAAGCCUUCCAGAAGAGCACUUUCGACUGUGGCAUCUGUCUAGAUCCCAAGAAAGGCGCAGUCUGCCAUCGUAUGCUCGAUUGUGGGCAUGUCUUCUGUGUCCAAUGCCUACAAGACUUUUACAAUAACGCUAUCGCAGAGGGCGAUGUUUCUUCAAUUCAAUGUCUCGAACCUGGCUGCGCUAGUGAGCGUGAAAAGGCUGCUCAAAGAGCCGCUACGAGUAAGAAGAGAAGAUUCAAGGCCAUCGUCAGCCCGAGCGAGCUGCUCCAAAUCCCAAUAGAGCAUGACAUGGUAAAACGCUACGUCGAUCUAAAGCAUAAGUCCGAACUUGAGUCGGACAAGAACACGAUUUACUGUCCACGGCCUUGGUGCCAGGGUGCUGCUCGCUCCAAGAAGCACAGGAAACCCGAGGGGCUAGAGUUUGCACAGGGUUCAGAUGAUGAGUCCGAAGAGGAGUCUGAACGAACAGAUGGAAAAAAUGAGGACAAGGCCACGUUCUCGGCCGAUAAAGAGUUGCUUGCUAUCUGCGAGGACUGUGGUUUUGCCUUCUGUUCAAGAUGUGGCCAGUCCUGGCAUGGGGAAUUCAAAUACUGCAUGCCUAAAGAACGCAAGGAGGGUAUCACGGAAGAGGAGAAGGCCUCGCUCGAAUAUCUCAGGAUGCACACGACUCCUUGUCCAACGUGUGCAGCCGCGUGGCUGAACCCGGAAAACCCAUACCAGCAUUUCAACACUGUACCUUCAGGAGACGUUAAUGGUUGCUAUAUGAGACUUUGGGAGUUGGAAGGUGGUGACGGGAAUGACGUUGGUAUAGCCUACCAGGGAGGAGAUGCAAUACGUAACCCGAAUAUACAGCCUGGAGAGUAUGGACAACAUCUGGAGAUAGUGCAAGAGGCGGAAGAUGACGAAUCUGAACCCGAAAUUGAUGAGGUGAACGUGGCAGCUAGGAACGAUGGUGCGGCUCGAAAUCGGCCGCCGCAGGGCCAAGCGCAGGCUGGACAACGUGAUCGACCGGUCGCCGUCGCUCGAGAGGGGCCACUGGUGUUGCGGAUCGAAGGCAACGCACCGGCGGUUCGUGGUAGGCAUGGACAGCAGCCGGCGCCCCUUCCUGCAGCUGCACGCGGUGGUCCCCAAGCGGUGAACGGUGGCGCUCAGCGAGGACGCGGCAGAGGAAAUAGAGGCCGGCCGCCUGUAGGCGGAGCGUUUGCGGCGCGGCAAAACAACAAUAACAAUAAUAGGGCGCAGGGGCAGAACCAGAGGGGAAACAGGGCAGGUCGUAUCAAUGGUCACAAUGCGGAACAGCAAGCGAACAACCCCCUUGAGCUUAACCAGAUAGACGAGCUAUGGGUUCGCCACUUCGUACAGCUAGCCCUUAACGACCAGGAACAUCUGCUUGAGGGUGACAGCGGCGAUGAAGACGAUUAGGGAUAGCAUCACUUAUCCUAUCUAGUCAUAACUAAAGAUACACUGCCCAAAACAGUAAUGUCACUAGCCCCGGGAGUCCGGAAUCAUUGCUUCUAAUGUCAAACUACUGCUAGAUUCAUCACAAGCAAAUUGACAGGUGAAGAUAGAACAAGCUUGAUUGAGAAGUCCCGAUAAGAGAACCAAGGCCUCGUGAUAUUUGGUUGCGAUAGGCCCCUCCUAACGUAGUAUCGGCUCCACGCCUCUGCCCGCUUGACGGCAGUGUCAGGCCUGUCACGGGGGUUGGAAACCGAGACUGUAGGCGUCAAAACCCCCUGGAUU